AUGCCCCAGCUAUGCGAGGUCACCCCCUCGCUGCUCAUCAGCAACGCCCGGGCUGCCUGUGACAAGGACCUGCUGACGCGGGAGGGAGUCACCUUCUGCGUGAAUGUCACUAGGCAGCAGCCGUUCCCCGCGCUGCAGCAGGUGCGGGGCAUUCGCAUCCCAGUGCUGGACGACCCGGCUGAAGAUCUGCACCGGUACUUCGAGCAGAGCUGCCGGGCCAUCGAGGCGGCCUUGAGGAGCGGGGGGAGGUGCCUGGUUUACUGUAAGAACGGCCGGGCGCCCCCGCGUGGCUUUUUUGCUGCCGUUUGCACCGCCUACCUGAUGAGGCACCGACGGCUCCCCCUCCAGGAGGCCUUUGAGAUUGUGAAGACUGCCAGGCCAGUAGCAGAACCCAAUGCAGGAUUCUGGUCUCAGCUGCAGAGAUACGAAGAAGAUUUGCAGAUACCAAAGCAGUCUGAUCUGCUGAGCAAAGAACUUAAAAAUAGCAAUGUGUGA